CAACUAUUAUUCCACAUCGUGACGAGAAAAUGUAAGGAAUCUGAGGUCAGCGAACUAUGGUUAAUAUCCUUAUAUUGUAAACUAGAGUCGUAUAGACACGAAACACGUCACCAUCAGCUUGACAUCAUGUCAUAUAAUCCUAUAUUACUACACCAUUGUCAGCUUGAAGAGUGCAGCGGUUUAUGCCUCCCCAAUGAAAAUACUCCCGCUCUGAUGUGUCAUAAAUAUAUGAUCAUUUGGCAGUCUGUUUAACGGUCUCGUGGCGUUGACUAGGACAGCAACUCAGAAGACAAAAUCAGAUAAGAUGAUGAAGAGAAGAAAAACAUGUUAAAGCAAUUGCAAAAAAUAAUUACAAUACAGUUACAUGGUAGACGUACAUUUUACAAUACAGUAUUGGUUAAACAUGAUCAUCAUCAGAGUGUUUAUUUUGACACAGCUCCUUAUUUUAGAGUCGAGAGCUCAGAAGGGCAAUGGCAAGGGAAACGGCAAGGGGUUAGUGGAUGGUUUACCGACUCCUGUUGUUUAUACUUUUGACUUAGACACGGAAGGAUUUACAUCAAUUCCACCGGAUGCUUCGCUAAGGAAUUGCGAUAACAUAGAUAAUUGCAACUUCCAAAUAACAUCGCCUUCCCCUACUGAGCCUACUGAAUUGUAUUCUCCUAUAAUUACUCAUCGGUCGAGCGACUAUACAUUUAAACUAAGUUUCAAAGUGUUGUCUGCUGUGGCGACCGCAGGAUCUCUCCUGCUAUUUCGUCAAGAUGCAAGCACAAAUGUGCGGACAGAGAUAUGGCGUAAUCCGGCAGUGUUCUUACCUCAACGCAUUACUUACGAGGGCCUUCCAAAUGGAGAAUACAGAUUGGUUUUUGUCGUCACUGGCGCCACUGUACAAAUUGAUCACAUCGAACUAUAUGGAUCGCAUUGGGCUCCUUGGGAUGGAGGUGAGACGUGCUCAACCACUUGCGAGGAAGGAGUGAAGACAUUCACCCGUGUUUGCCUACAUCCAGAAGACAGAUUACCCAGAGAUUCGUGCAUUGGAGAAACAGUGAAAUAUGAAUAUUGCAAUAAGGGACCUUGUCCAAUUGAUGGAUUCUGGGGCGACUGGAAAAAUCCAAGUAUAUGUUCUGCAACAUGUGGCGGCGAUGGAUCCAUGUCUUAUACAAGAGAAUGCGACAGCCCGGCCCCGAUGUUCGGUGGAGCUGCCUGUGUCGGACCCAGUAUUCUGAACACGCCAUGCAAUAGAUUUCCUUGCUCCGUUUGCGACUCGGAAAACGGUGUAGCCGACUUCUUUGUUGACGCUUACUCCGCUAUAAGUUCCAAUUCUCUUGAUGCGAUUGUUUCAUUCGAUGACACGUACAAGGGAUUGAUAGAAACCGCCGUGAAGAAAUGUACUGGAGGGAAUAAGGAUUUUUGCCAAAUUCGAGAUGUACUAUUCAAUUUUGCAAAAAUGAGAGACGCCAGGAACAAAGUUGGCGUUGGUUAUAGGGAUAUAUCUGACUCUGAAUUAAAGUCAGUUGGUCUUCAAUCUUAUCUCUCUGAAUUGAAGCAAGUUUACCUGAGACAUCAGCAGCUGUAUGACGUCUACACUGGAAUGAAUAUUGAAAUGAACCAAACGACCAGAGAAUUUAAAUACCUUAAUGCAUUUUACAGAGCUCAGAUCGAUUAUAACAUCGAAAUUGCAAGACAAGACUUGGCUACAAUCAACUCCUUUUUCGAAAGCAUUCUCGCAACAGUUAAAUCCAUGUCAGAGGAUGUUGAAGAUGACUUCCAGCAACUUCACAUACGUGCUGGUGUGAUGGUUGCAGCUGAACUAGUAGAGCUCAUCGCGACUAACGCUGCGACUAUUGCUGGGUGUGUAGCAAGCUCAGUCAUCCUCGCUCCCUGUUCGGGAAGCGACAUUUGGGAACUUGCAGCCUUAUUAUCGACCGUAACCAAGAAUAGCGCCAUCGCCGUGAUGUGGAUUCAAGUGGAGGAGAGAAUGAGAACAAAUGUAGAUAGUAUUCUGGCUGAUAUAGAACUGGCUAAAAAUGAAAUUAAUGCAUUGGAAGAUUCUCUGAAUUUCAUCGAAGAUGACCUUAAAUUUGCUGAGGGCGAUGAAAUAGAAAUUAUAAAUAGGAAGCUUCUUGAUUUUGUAAAUCAAUAUGGAGGCACUCCGUCAGUGGGAAUAUCGGGUUCAAAGGCCGCAUCAAUAUUCACAGAAUACUCAAAUCAUAUGGGAAGAGUUUGUGAAUACUACUAUGAAACGGAGGCAAUUGCAUCAGGGGUUAUAGCUCUUGGGCUUACCAACUUUUUCGUAUUAAAAUGCCCAAAAAUGCUCGCUAGUCUGGCUGAACUUGAGGGUAAAAUUGGGACAUUAUCUGGCUACAUCGAUGACAAAGGAGGUGUGAUUAGCAGAAUUCUUGGACUUCAUAUUGCCAAAGAACAUGUGAAAUUCAUCGGUUCUACGGAGACACAAAUAAACCUGCAUGAAAUCAUCAAUGUGCUUGUUCUGGACGAGGCACGUUUGCAGUCGAUAGCUAUCCAGAUAUGUAGCACCAUAGAGUUUAGAAACGGGGGUAGGAGACCUAGUGUUUGCAAACAUGAUUACUUCACAAGAGAUGCGAUUGACCAAAUAAUGUCCCUCGUUGUAAGCGAAGAGGCUGAUAUUGAAUACAGCGUUUAUGUUCCGACAUACAAUCCAAGUGUUCCAAACGUGGAUAAAAAGUACACGAUUGACAUGAACGCACUUCUCAUGGGGGAUACGGUAUCGUUUAAGCUUCCAAACGAUCCCAUAUGGCUUUUGGAGAAUCAAUGGAUUGACUGCGCGGAUGAAUUUGAAAAGGCCAACUACAUCGAAUCUAUGGCCAUGCUUCUUCCUGACUUGCAGUGUAAUGAUGAGCAGUAUGUAGUAUGUAUGACAAUAACAACAGGCUUGUUCAGUAAACUAUACCCAACUGUUGUGUCUCCAAAAUUCAAAAGCUGUCCAAACAAAUUUGCAUUUAGUUAUCAGGGUAACUUCAAAUGGUGCCCUAUUGGUAAUUCUAUCUCCACCCCCUUCGGUCCAGCAGAAACCAUAUGUGUGAGAUCGUCACCAGAUAUUGCCACGAAAGAAGUUGGUAAUGAAAAAAUUGUCUUACAUGCAUCAUAUUAUUCUGAAUUCUACGUCACGAUGAAAUAUGACAUCAGCGACACAUGUAGAGAUGAACUGAGGGAGAGGGUUAAAGAUAUCGCAAAAGUACCAUUUGUGAUCAAGAGAUACGUCAAAUCAGAAAAUGUUGACAAUUGCUGGCCCCAACCAUGUCGAAAUGGAGGAACAUGUACUAACUCACAGGAGCCAAACAAAAUGACAUGUGACUGCCCCACAGGCGCAACUGGUCUUGAAUGUGAGAAAGUGGGUAGCGUUGUAACGGAGCUUUGGAAACCAAUUGGAGAAUGCAGUGUGACCUGUGGAGCUGGGGAACGCGAAUAUGAAGAAGUCUGCUAUGACGAGGAGGGGAAAGUUAUGAUUUGUGCUCGACCUUUAACUAAAUUUGAGGAGUGUAACGCCCAGCCUUGUCCCAUUCCCUGCCCUACCCUGGCUGAUCCCGAGGAUGGUUCCACAGUUAGCACCUGUAACAUCUGGCCAAACUGCGAACAAUUUUUUGAGUGCGAUGAUGGUUAUGAAAUUAUAGGUGGAAGUCGAUCCCGAACGUGUCAAUACAAUGGCGAAUGGACUGGAACCGAAACUGUUUGCCAAAAGUCAGACCGUGUCAAGCAAUGUGAUGAUAUAAAGGUAGACAAUGGGAAAACAGAAGGAAAUGGUAGACGACGCGGUGAUCUCCGUGUGUAUAGUUGCAAAAACGGCUACACGCUAAGUGGAAGUGAAGAACCGGAUAUCGGCGGUGUUGCUGCUCAGAAGGUUUGUAGCCCAUUUGAAUGUCCAGAUGGAUGGAGCCUUGUUCCUGACAGUACAGAGACAACCACUCGUUGCGUAUCGGGCGAACAAGUCACUUGUAUAGAAAACUAGCCUCAUGUGGAACUACCACAUAAUCCAAACGGUGCAUUCCCAUAGGCAUUCCUAGCUAUGAAUUGGUUCUCUCUGACGUUAUGAUAUCCAUGGUUACAACAACAAUGAAUCACUUAUGAAUGUCUACAGCUUAGAAUACUACGGUAAUGCAUACAUGAGGCCUAUCAACAAGAAAAGGACAAGACUUACUUAUCUAAAGAUGAUAUAUUGAUAAUAUUAUAUUCUAAAAUCAUUUAGUUAAAUUUAUUUUUCAUAAUACACACUGUACAUAGAGGGAAUCAGAAACGGAACGCAUGGAGGUCCCUGCAUUCAGUUUAUUGUAAAAUAAAACGCUGGUGUUAAAAUAAAUAUGGUUGUAGUUUGGCGCAAAAUGAAACAUCAUGUAUUUGUUUUUACCUGAAUUAUAUAAUCUUACACUCCCCACCAAAAUUUGGCAAGGGUAACUUUCAUUUUUGCUUAAGUCUGUU